UAAUCUCUUAUUCAUAAAAUCAUUAUGGAAACUUUGAACUCGAACCAGCUACUUAGCCUCAAUAGAUCUCGAACUUCCCAGAUUCAAUCAUAUUCGCGUUCAACCAAUCGAACCAGAUUCCACAAUAUAUCCACGUACAAAUAUCAGAGAAGUUCAAAUGUCCUUAGUAAUUCAUUAGCUUGGAGCAAUAUUAAUAGAAGCAAAAAUUACAUGGGAGAAGUAAUUGCAAAAAAGGGCAAUGAUAAAGUUGAAGCAUCAGCUGCUACUCCAGGCCCUUCUUCUGGAAACCCUUGGUGUAACUGGUUGGUUGGUAUAAUUCUUUCAUUAAUUCUACCCUUUGGGCAUAAGAAAUGGAGUGGAUUAUUGGCUAUGAAAAAUGAAGUAGACACGGUGGUGCAGACGGUUGAAAUGGUGGUGGAAACAGUUGAAAAGGUGGCGGAGGGAGUCGCCCAUGUCGCUGAUGAAGUGGCCAAUCAACUUCCAGAAGGUGGGAAAUUGCAAAAUAUAGUUUGUCAUGUAGCAAAUAUGGCCGAGGAGACGGCAAAAGAUGCCCACUUAGUAGAUCAACUCAUUGAAAAGGUUGAAAACAUCGAGAAAGGAGUGGUAUCUGCGUUUGUGGGUGAAGUAGACGAGACAUCCUCAGAAGAUGCAGAAGAUACUACAAAAACAAACGAACAAGAGCAAAAACAUGAUAUAGCCAUGGAUAUCGAGUCUCCAAAAGAUGAAAUCGUCGAUCGUCAACCUAAAUAAUUAACUUAGACUUGAACUCCAUAAUCAAUCAAUCUUAAGUUUUGAAUGUUGUUUCAUUUACUAUUCCUAUUACAUUUAUUUUUUCAUUCUUUGUAACCUAAUCGUAAUUAUAUAUAUAUAUAGCCUAUAUGAAGAUAGUUGCAAUAUGAAGUAAUUCAUUCGUUUAGUGCUCAUAGGAUUCACU